AUGACCGAUUCCUGGCGUGAAUCUACAAAACCCUACCCCCCGGAUCCGGAUCCCUGCGAUCGCAAUGAAAUACCCGGAGAUCUGGAGCUGGAGGAGUAUUACGCGGAUUAUCACCGACGAGCACGAGCAUCGCCACUAACAGCGCCUUCGCGAGGAAUUCCUAGAGCUAAAAUAUACUAUAGGAUAGGGAAGAACCACGACGAUGAUAUGAUAGUGGGUCUAGCUAGGGUUUGUCCAUUUUGCGUGGGAGUUUGGGCGAGCGAGCGCGCUGCCGGAUCUGUCGACAGUCGACCAGCGAUGACAAGAUCCAGCGGAGCUAGGGAAGGCGAUUGGAAGUGCUCCGGCUGCUCCAACCGGAACUACGCGUUCCGGUCGCUGUGCAAUCGUUGCAAGCAGCCGAGAAUUCUGGUCGACACUGACACGCCCCCGGAUUCCAAAUGGCUUCCUCGGAUUGGCGACUGGAUAUGCGCGGGCUGUAGCAACAACAACUAUGCCUCGAGAGACAAAUGUAACAAGUGUGGCAAGCCCAGAGACGUCGCAGCCUUGCCACUGUCUGUAGCCGCCGCCGCCGGGUCGGGUGCUGCGGUCUCGGCGCCUCUCGCCAAUGGAGCCGCGCUGGGCCUCAACAUGGGGAUCAUGCCGGCUCCAAUCUCGCUCGGCACUUGGAACAUGAACGCUGCUGCUCUAGCCAGAAGCGUCCGCUUGAGUGACAACACUUUAGGAGGUGUUGGUGGCGGUGGCGGAGGCGGUGGAGGCGGUGGUAACUGGCGGAUUGGGGACUGGACGUGCACCUGCGGCUACGUGAACUAUGCUUCGAGAACCACGUGCAAACAAUGUCAUUCCUUGCCAGCGAUCGCAUUGCCGCAACAAAACUUGAGUACAGUUGGAUAUCAAGUUUCUGGGGUGAAGCGCCAGGCCUCUGAUGAGUUAUCAAACGAUUGGGUAACCAAGCGUCCACACGUUGAUCUCUUGCACCAGGCCUACAUGGCAUCUUUUACUUCUUGCGGAGGAUGGAACGACCGUUCAGGGCUUGUCCUCGGAGGGCUCAACUUGAUCCCAAACCUGGGACUUCCCAAUCCAGCAGCAGCGGCAGCGUUGCAAAACCCUCCAAACGUCGGAAAGGGAGCCAAACACUGGCGCGCUGGAGAUUGGAUUUGUACAAACUGUGACAACCAUAACUACGCAUCCCGGGAAUGCUGUAACCGUUGUGGACGUGACAAAGACGCGGGUCGGCCCAUGAAAGCAAUGUAAUGCUACUCGUAACCGCUGAUUUUGUAUGUACCAUUAACACCAUUCUUUGCACUGGGAAUCUAGUCAAAGAUGGUAUUUGAUUUGGGUUGACUAUGUAAGGUUGACUUGUUUCCGUUU